AUGUCUUUAACAACUCUCCCAAACCUUCCUCUCAAAAUUCUUGUGGUUGGUGAUCCACAUUCAGGUAAAUCAUCCUUCAUCAACACUCUCCUCAAAUUUUUCAAUCCAAAUAUCAUGGUUGAAACAUGUGAUGUUGGAAGAAAGGCAGAAGUUGGUACCUUACUUUACGAAAGUGUUCCAGUUUCGUCUGCCAACUUGUUGUUGUUUGAUUCUGCUGGUAAACCAUUCGAAAAUCCAGACGACUUGAAUACCUUAAAAUUAAUCUUGCAAGGAAUCAAGACCGGAACUAAUUUAGUGGAAAAUUACUUGACAAACAAGAUUGACCUCGAUAAUAGAAUUGACGCAGUUAUUUUUGUUUGUAGAGCUUGUGAAUGGAAUUCUGUUUCUUUACAAAAAUUUGUCAAAUUCCAAAAUGCUGUUAAAGAAACAGAUGUAAAGGGGCUUCCUUUCAAUCCAAUGAUUGUUUUAACACAUUUCACAGAGUCAAUGUCAGAGAAGCAAUUUGUGGAUAAAGUUACAAAUGCUGUUCCAUUUGCAUUCUUGGAUAAUCCAAAAGAUCUUUCCAAAGAUUUGAAACCACAAGUUAUGGAAGCAUGCAAAAGAAUUUCAAGACAAUUCAAAGCAUGGGGUUUCUUUUAAAAUAUGUAAAUAAUUAAACUCUGUUCAACAUUGGUUUAAGGUAA